AAAUUCCAGCUUGGCGCUCCCAGCGACGUUGCUAUCUAGGCUCAGGUUUAAUAAACUUAGAAAAAUUUUAUGUUCCAAUUCCGAUAUGGUCCUCCUAGUGUCGUUGCUGUCUGAGCUCAGGUCCUGGUGCUUAUGUUUGUGAUUUGACGUUUCUCAUUUGUUAUUAUGCCGCUGAACCCUUCAUUAGCGUUAGAGUUGUGGAGAAUAAAAAGUAUUAAAAAUGGGUGAUUGGGAAAGGAUUUUGAUGGAGCUGAAUGAGUCAGAUCCUAUGGACUUCUGCAAAGAGUUUUUUGAAGUAAAAACCUUGCUGGAGUAUUGCAAUGACUAUGUACAAUGUUAUGUGAAUAUUAGUAGUAGAGAUUGCACAGAAAAACUAUUAAAUGAGAUCAAAACACGUAUGCAAUCUGCCUUUAUUCGUUGGGGUUGCUUAACUAAAGACUUAAAGAGUCUUCCAAAUGCAUAUUCUACCCUCCGACAAAUCGUCAUGUUGUUGAUUUUAAAUACCGAUAUAACCUAUCAUAUAGAUUUGAAGGAACAGAAGUAUAUAGCACAUGUAAUUGAUUUAUAUCCACCGUUGCCUAAAUUUUUAUUGAUUUCAAUCAUUUGGGAACUGAAACUCGAUUCCUUAUUUUAUGAAAUAGUUUCCUACAGUCCAAUUUGGUAUACAUUGCCAUUGAUGGAAGACGUUUUAGAUUCAUUAAAUAAUGGAAAGGAAAACGAAGUAAUGGAGAGAGGAGAAAAUAUGGUUUGUUCAAUGUUCACAAGUCUUACAAAUACACAAUUUUUCACUCGCGAUCCGAUAUGUGCAACGCAGCAAAAUAUACAGUUUUGUAAAUUGGCAGUAAAGAUAAUAGAAAAAACGCUCAACGUGUCACAAAUGGAUGAAGUAAAUCAAGAGAUGAACGAUGUACGUAGGCGCGGAUACUGUAUAAAACAUGUUUUGUGUGCUUUAUCUCGUACUUUUGAUACUUAUUCCAAUGCAAAUCCGUAUAUUUCCGAUUCGGAAUAUAAAUUCUAUGAUAUAUUUCCACGACAAAAGUGGGGUAAGGCAAAGAAAACUUCUAUGUACAUUACGUUUAAAGCUAACGUUGUGGAACUACAGUUAAAAAUUUUACAAACUUUGCUAGAUACAUUAGAAAGCAAUAUGUAUGGGUUAGAUAACGAUAUUCUUCUGUGUUGGACACAAAUAAAUGCGCCUAAACACAAAAGUUUGCGAUGCGAAAUAGGUGAACUAGCGUUUAAUUUAAAUGAAAACACAGCUCCUUUAAAUCAUGAUGUCUUUGGUAAACUGCAUAAAAUUUCAAUGCAUGUAGAUAGUGUAGAGGAGAAGUUACAUAAAUCUACGUUAAAUGACAUAUUAAAACAACUAUCGAGUGACGAAAGUAAUGUAGUUAAAAAACUAUGGUUUGAUGAGUUUUUAAAUCGAGCUACAUUAAUUGAUAUCAUAGAUUUUGCAAACGAAAUUGAAAAACAUCAAAAUCUUAUGAGUUUUGAAAACUGUAAGGCUGUUUUGACCUUUAUUAGUGAGUACUUGACGAAGGUGAAAGAAACGGAAGACCACAGAGAUAGUUACAUGAAACUGGGCUCGACAAUUUUAGCAACACUAAAUCAAUGCAGCAACACUGAAAUCAUAGAGUUGUUAUGUUAUCAGCGUGAAUUAUUUGGACCAGAUGUGUGUGUAUUUCAAAGUGAGGACUUUGGUUUUCGUUCCACUGAAUUUUUUAAUAAAGAAUUCAUUACACAUACGUUUUUCUUACUAUGCAUGGAAAAUCCAUCACAAAUGUGGAAAAAAUAUUUUGACAUAGAAUUCUAUAACGCUGCUCAAAUAACUAAUUUUUGUGAAACAGUUAAAAUCUCUAGUCCAUUUUGUGAUGAGUAUUUUGAUCAAUAUUUGAACGAAUUACUAAUGCAACCGCAAAGACUACAACAAAAGUAUUUCCCAACUUUUCUUUGUGAAAUUUAUUUUAAACUCUUUUAUCACGAACGUAAAAAGGACUUCAUUAAAGAAUUUAUAUAUAAAAAUGUGAGCACAUAUAUUGGACUUGAAGAUUUUAAGUCGUUGUUGUCAUUCGUGCACGCUCUUGAUAUAAUCGGUAAACAUGGAGACUCCCAUGGUGUCGAACAGCAAAACUUUGGUGAGAUUACGGCACUAGUUUUAAUAAUGUUGGUACAAAUUCUAGAAUGUGCACGUUGGCAAUUCGAUAGUUACACAGAACUACGCGAUAAAUUGGUACAAGAAGCGAUUGAUUUAAUUUCUGCAACAACUAAGAAAUUUUUACCAGUGGCAAAUCAGAUAGAUCGCAAAUGGAUUGCCGAAUUCAUUAAUAAAAGUCAUUAUUUGUCACAAUAUUAUUUCCAAAGUUUUACAUUGUCAGAAAGUGUUCAACCACUGUCUUUUGAAGAUUUUUUAUUACUCUACAAACCAUCCAAUAUCAAUGCAGAAAACACCAUGAUUUUAUAUUUCUUGGUUCGCCUGACAGCAAAAGAAACAGAACUAUCAUUGUUUACAGAUCAUUUCUUGCCGUAUAUACCAUUCAGCAUAAAUCUUUUAGCCAACGUAGCAAAAAAUACGGAAUCUCUCAAUAACUACAAAAAUUGUGUUGUUACUUAUACGAAUUUCGUUCAGACAAUAUUACUACCUAGAUAUGAAGAAAAUCCGAGUAAAAUUAAUGAACUGUUAAUGAAUAUUUUAAAAAUUUUAAAGAACGCUCCAGAUGAAGUAUACGCGACUCUAUUUUUGGAUUUGCAGAACUUGUUAAUUGCUCUUGCAAAAAAGACAAUAAAUUUACCAGAUCAGCAACAAACUUUAAAACAGAAAGUGAGUAAUAUGAAAGAUUGUAAUGCCAAAAAUCUUUAUCUCAAAAAAUUGGAGUCUGAUGAAUAAAUAUUGAAUUUAAAAUAAAUAUUGAACGUAUAAAAAUUAUAGUAGAAAAAUAUGAAUAUUUUAUUUAACCGAGAUUAUAUAAAUGUCCAAAUGUGCCAAAUAUUUAUUUUGUACCAAUGAAUA